UCCGUAGUGGCGGUUUAUAUUGGCUGCAAGCGGAUCAGCAAAACAAAACAUCUUUGCGCUUUAAUUCCCAUCUAACGGUUUGUAUUCAACAGGAAUAACCACGGGAUUAAACGGGGUAACCUUUCCCCGUUAGUUACCGCGUGUUUCGCGCUCUUUAAGGUGUUGUCAUGGAGGAGGUGACCCGCCUGGUGUCCACAGGAGACUGCGUGAGGAUCUGGGAUGCCGGUUCGAUGGCUCCGCUGGAGCAGUUUAACCCUCACAGCAGCAGCCACCCGGUGGCUCAGGCCUGCUGGAGCUCCAACAAUCAGUACCUGGUGAGUGCCAGCAGCAGCGGGGACAAGCUGGUGGUCUGCAGCCUCAAAUCCUCCCCGGUCCCCGUGGUGGAGCUGGGAGAUGGGAAAAAGCAGACCUGUGUGUCCCUCAGCUCCUCCUCUCAGUUCCUGGUGAGCGGGGGUCUGGAUCACUGCGUUCACAUCUGGGACCUGAAGACCAAGAGACUGCACCGCUCCCUGAGGGACCAUAAGGAGGAGGUGACCUGCGUCUCCUUCAACUCCAACGACAGCUACGUGGCUUCGGGCUCCAGCAGCGGAGACCUGGUGCUGCACAGCCUCACCACCAACCUGUCCAGCAAGGCCUUCGGACACGGCAACAACCAGCCGAUCCACGAUCUGCGGCUGUCCCUUCUGCGGCGCUCACUGCUGGGCAGCGUGUCAGACAGCGGCUCAGUGGUGCUGUGGGACUCGAACACGCAGAAGGAGCUGCAUGCGUUCGACGGCGCCCACAAAGCCCCCGGCUCCGGCCUCGCCUUCUCCCCCGCCAGCGAGCUGCUGGUGGUCAGCGUGGGUCUGGACAAGAAGAUCGUCUGCUACGACACGGCCAGCAAGAUAGUGCUGAGGUCCAUCCGGGUGGACAGCCCCCUCACAGCGGUGGACUUCACUCCGGACGGCACCGGGCUGGUGGUGGGCUCCACGCAGGGGAAGAUCUUCCAGUACGACCUGAGGAACUCCAGCGCCCCCACCCGGGUCACCGCCGCUCACAAAACUUCCAUCACCUGCCUCCGCUUCCAGAGCAGCAGCAGACACAAGCAGUCCAGUAAGCUGGGCUCCUCAAAGAUCGUGAAGAGAUCCUCCACCAAGCUGUCCAACAGCCAGUCUGACCCCGCCCCCCACAGACAGGUGACAGGUACAGCAGGGGGCGCUGCAGCGGAGGUCCUGACCCGGGAGGCUGAGGGCUGGCAGGGUCCGGAGCAGCUUCCUGUCGGGGAGAAGUUCAGCAGCGUGGGCCGGAACAGCCUGGACGUGUUCUCUCCGGCUCGGGAAGACUCCCGUUUCCCUGGGACCACCGGAGACACGCUGUUCGGUCGAACCCUCGUCACCGGACUGGAGAUGCUGUCCCGGGAGGGGGAGGGGCAGCCGGUGGUCAGCCGUGCCAGUCUGGACAUCUUCUCCCCCGUCAGAGAAGACUCUCACUCCGGCAUUCACCGUAAGACUCCUCUGGGGACGCCGCUGACCGCCGGACGCUGCUACAGCCCGCUGUCCGUCUUCCAAACCCCUCCCCCCAUCAAAGAGGAGGAGCCACUCACCGCCGCCGAGUCAUGUGGCCCCGGCAAGUCGGAGAAGGCAAGCAGCUCCAGUCAGGAGGGGGAGACCACGCCCACUUCCUCUCAGCUGACGAAUCACAGCCAGCCAGUCCCGGCAUUCUUCACCCCAGACCUCAGGAGAACCAACGGGAUUCAAGCGCAGCUGAGCUAUGAGUCACCUGCACAGGGAGCUCCGCCCACUGCAGCAGGAGCGUCUCUCUCUGCCGCCGCCUCCUCCUCCCUCUCCCAGAACAUCAUGGAGGUUGUCGGGCAGGGAGCAGCAGCUCCUCUCUCCUCGCUGCAGAUCCACUUCAUCCAGAACAUGAUCCACGAAACUCUGGAGGACUUCAGGGAUGUGUGUCACAGAGACAUCGUGAACCUGCAGGUUGAGAUGGUGCGACAGUUUUACAUCCAGCUGAACGAGAUCCACGGCCUGAUAGAGAAAUACUCCGUGAACGAGUCUCUGGUGGAGGAGGUGGAGAAACUGAGGGAGGAGAACCGCCGGCUGAAGACCAACUACUGACCUCUGAUCAUUAUCACAGCUCUUAUUAUGGGAUGUGGGAAGAGUUUACAUCAGCAAUCCAUGAUCCAGGAAAAAAUAAAUUCAAAGAGGAGAAAAACUCACUUCCUGUUUUCAGCCGAUCUGAGAGCACAAACACACAAACCAUCAGCAACUGUGAUAAACGAUGUCGAUAACACAAUACGGACAUUGGUGUCCCUUCCUCUGUGCCUGUGUCAUGUUUUAUUAAUAGGAAACAUUUUGUCUAACUAAAAAAUAUGCAUAUUUAAA